AUGAAUUCUCGCCAUUUUGGAUCCGUCAUUGCAUUUCUAAUUAUGGUUGUUACUGUGGAUAUAUUUGUGGAAUUAUUGCCGAUCUCAAAUGCUCAGCCUUGGUUUAAUGUGCAAAUAAUUCAGGAAUAUUUAAAUUUAACCGAGCCAGCCAGAAUAAUUGAAGGUCCACAAGACACAAAAGCCAUCUAUGGUGAGGAUGUAAUCCUCUUCUGUCGAGCUACUGGCAACCCAGAACCCCAAAUCACGUUUCUUUGGAAUUCUCGCGAAAUCAGUCCUACAACAAGUGAUGGUAAUGGCAUCGGUCUCAGUGGACUAAUAGUUCGAACAAUGACAAAAGGAAAUGGACUUACGUUGCGUGCAAAAUUGCAAAUGUCCAAUAAUGGCGAUAAUGUGACUUGUAGAGUCUUCAAUCAAUUCGGAACAGACUCAGCAAAGGCUAGAAUCACUGUCUACGACGCAAAUGAGCCACCUCCAAAAGGUCUACCGAAGAUAACAGAAAAUCCGACAACCACAAUUGGUCAGGUUGGGGAUUCUACCCACCUCCAGUGCGAAGUUUCAGCCACACCCUCUGCAUCAGUGGUUUGGAUAAAAGACAAUUUCUUCCCCAUUGAUCUCUCUGACCCCAGAUAUCGAUUGAUUGGAAGCGGAUCAUUGGUUAUUGAGUCCUUGCUGGAAGAAGACUCGGGUGUUUACGAAUGCAUGGCUAGGAAUAUAAUUGGAACAACAAUUAGCAACGCGUGUCAUCUCAACGUACGCCGUAUUGAAUUUCCUCCAACAAUUAAAGAAAUUCCUUCCCAAGUAUUUGUCUCGCCUGGAAAGGGAAUAAAUCUAACCUGUAAAGCAAGUGGAUUCCCUCUUCCCAUGGUCUGGUGGGCCAUAGCAGGGUCUGCACCUAUUGUGCCUCCAGAUUCAAGCAAGGUGGGCUUUCUACCAAGCAGUCCCAUUCAUUACUAUGCGGAGAGAGCACUUACGGAACCCCAACCUCAACAGGCCACUCUAAGGCUGACCGAUAUCACCGACCAAUUGACGUAUGUUUGUGUUGCAAAGAACAAUCUUGGAAUUGUGAGAAGAAAUGUCAGUGUUAUUGUCAAACUUUAUCCUCAGCUUACACUUCAAUUCUACCGCAUUUUAAUUCCAGUUGUUUUAGCAUAA